AUGCCGUCUCCAAAGAUUGCACCUAGCAUUUUGUCCGGGGAUUUUGCCAACCUGGGUCGCGACUGCCAAAAAAUGGUUGCCAACGGUCCUGAGUGGCUUCAUGUCGACGUCAUGGACGGCCAUUUCGUCCCCAACAUCUCAUUUGGCCCUAUGGUCGUCGAAGCAGUCCGGCGGUCGGUCCCCCGGGAACAGGUUAUGCUUGAUUGCCACAUGAUGGUUUCCAACCCCAAGAAAUGGGUUGAGCCUAUUGCCAAGGCAGGUGGAGAUCAGUACACGUUCCACUUUGAGGCUGCGGACGAUGUUCAGGGCACUAUUGACUUGAUUCGAAAGCAUGGUAUGAGAGUUGGGCUGGCUAUAAAACCCAAGACCGACAUCAAAGAGGCAUUCCCCUAUAUCAACAAGGUCGACAUGGUUCUUGUUAUGACGGUUGAGCCUGGUUUUGGAGGCCAGAAGUUCAUGCCUGACAUGAUGCCCAAGGUCGAGGCGAUCCGGGCCAAGAGCGCAGAGAUUGAUCUUCAGGUCGACGGCGGGCUCGGGCCGGAGAACGUCGAGUUAGCUGCCAAGGCCGGUGCCAAUGUGAUUGUUGCCGGUACUAGCGUCUACAAAAGCGCAGAUCCCAAGUCGACCAUUGCCAAGUUGCGAGAAAGCGUGACCAUUUGCCAGUGCCAUCACCACUAA